GACAAGCGAUCAAAAUCCUCUUCCCCCAAUCGCGUCUGUGUUUUGCUCUCUCCAGUCGGCAUCUGAUUAGGGUUUGGUUUUGACAUCACAACAGAUUUUGUUCUUCCAUUUUCUACAAGAUGCCGGCGACAGCAGGUAGGGUUCGUAUGCCCGCAAACAAUCGGGUGCACAGUAGUGCUGCCCUCCAAACUCACGGUAUAUGGCAGAGUGCCAUCGGAUACGACCCUUAUGCCCCCAAUAAGGAGGAUAACAAGAGUUCCUCCCAGGUUAAGUCUUCAAAUUCGGAGCCGGAGGGUGAAAAUGCCUAUGCCAGCUUCCAGGGAUUACUUGCCCUUGCACGAAUAACUGGUUCUAAUGCUGAUGAAGCUCGUGGGGCAUGCAAGAAGUGCGGGCGUGUUGGUCAUCUCACCUUCCAAUGUAGGAACUUUUUGAGUGUAAAGGAUGAUAUUAAGGAGAAAGAACCGGAUGAUAUUCAGGCUGCGGUUUUGUCUGGGUUGGAUAGAUUAAAAGGGAAUGGGGCUAAGGUGAAGGGUAAAGCUGGGGUUGAGAGUUCCGAGGAGAGUUCAGAGGAGGAGAGUGAGAGUUCAGAUUCUGAUUUUGAUUCGGAAAUUGAGAGGGCUAUUGCUGAUAAGUAUGGGAAGAAGGUUAGUAGUAAAUCAAAGUUGUUAAAAAAGAAGAAAGUGGAUUCGGAUGAAGAUGGUUCUGAUUCUGGGGAUAGGAAGAAAAGGGGUAGGUCCAAGAAGAGGAGAAGUGGGAAGAGGAGGCAUAGUGAUUCUGAUGAUGAGGAUGAUGGUGGUAGGAAAAGAAGGAAGGAGAAGAGGAGGAGGAGGGAUGAGUCAUCAGACGAGGAUGAUGAGCCUCGAAGUCGGAAGAGAAGAAGUAGGAAGGAGAAGAGGAGGAGGAGAAGUCAUAGGCAAUCUGAUGAAACGGAUGUGUCUGAGGAAUCUGCUGGACGACACAAGCGGAAGGGCAGGAGAGCAGCUUCACCAUCUGGUUCUGAUGUCAGCGGUUCUGAUGAUUCGCGGGUUGGCCGGCACAAAAGGCGUUCAGAGAAGAGGAGCAGAAAGCGCCACCAUGAAGAAGAGGACUAGUUUCUGUAUGGAAGGAGGUGAAAAAUAAAGAUGAUGAUGCGUUGAAUGUGGGGCUGAUGAUGUAUCAAACCGUGGUUGGACGGACUGAAUUUGUAUUGGCUAUUUGUGUAUUAUAAGAUCCAGUAUGUAAAAUGUUUGGAAGGUAGCUCUAGAAUACCUCAACAUGAAUGGAAACUUUAAUGUGGGGUUCAGCACUGUUUAUAUUAGCUGACUUGUUUUAAAGCUGCUAUUUUCUAUGGUUAUCGAUCUGUAUUGGGAUGUGAUAUUUGCAAUUUAAUUCGACUCGAAAAAACAAAUUUUUUUUUUUUUUUAAAUUAUUUGGGUUGGUAACAUUUUUUCACUA